AUGGAUAACAUCAGUGAAGAUGAAGUUGAAAAAGCUAUCAAGAAACUGAAGAACAACAAAGCAGCAGGUGCAGACAAUAUAACAGCUGAACUCCUGAAGCAUGGAUUCGAUUCUGCACACAGAGAAUCGCCAUGGAAAAUUGCCUCACUGUAUGGCGUUCUGCAGAAAUUCAUAGCAAUCAUUCAGAACAUCUACAAGAACAGCAGUUGCUGCAUAAAAAUGCAAGAAGGAAAUACAGAGUAUUUUGCUAUCAAAACAGGGGUGAGACAAGUCUGCAUUAUGUCACCAUUCCUCUUCCUGCUGGCAGUUGAUUUCAUCGUGAAAAAGGCAAUAGACGGAAAAAAUCUGGGUAUUCAAUGGCAACAACAGCAGCAACAACAAAACCAACAACAACAACAGUUGGUUGACCUUCACUUUGCUGAUGACAUUGAACUUCUGGAAGAAUCCAGAGAAGGACUGCAGCAACUGACAACAAAUCUUGCUGAAACAGCUGGUAAAAUUAGUCUCAGAAUCAGUCAUGAAAAGACCAAGGUUAUGCAAGUAUGGGUAGAGGACAAACAAAGCAAUGUAAAAAUAACAGUUGGAAAUCAGCAAGUUGAAGAUGUUACCAGCUUUUCAUACCUGGGCAGCGUACUAGCGAGUGAUGGAGGGGCAGAUAGUAAUGUCAAAGUGAGAGUUGGCAAAGCUGCAGCAGUUUUCAGAAAGAUGGGGAAAAUCUGGGCAAGUAAAAGCAUUGAUUUGGAAAUAAAAUUGCGUCUAUUCAGCACCAUCGUGUUACCAACAGCACUGUAUGUCAAUGAAACUUGGAAAGUAACAUCAACAAUAUCCAAUAAAAUGGAUGUAUUCCAUCAGAGGUGCUUGCGGAAAAUAUUGAAGAUCUCCUAUCGCGACCACAUCACAAAUACUGCAGUCCUCCAGCGAGCACAGUCAAGAAGGUUGCAAGACAUCGUGGCAGAGAGAAGAAUGAGACUAACCGGGCACAUUUUCCGUAUGCCAGACCAAUGGCACGCCAAAACAGCAUUUAGAUGGGAACCACCUAACGGAAAGAGAAAGAGAGGAAGACCAAAAACAACAUGGCGCAGAUCAUUCAAAGCAGACAUAGCAGUAAUAAACAGAAAAUGA